AGCAUGGGCCAGCUGACCGGAGUUUUCUGGGAAGGGAAAGGAAGUGUUCCUGAGCCUCUGGGCGUUUUCUUUCGGUUUUGAGGUGGUUUUUUUCUUGUUCUGUAGAACAGUGAAAAGUCCCCGAUUUAGAGGCAUAAUUCCCUCCGCCAGGAUAACCAUGGGAAUAUUUACAAAUUACAGAUUCUAUUUGAAGGACGACAGUUUACAGUACAUGCAGAAGAAACUCCUAAGAGCUAAUAUUAAGAAAAACAAUGGAAAUAUUUCCUCUGUACUAACUCGUAAGUGCACACAUGUCAUCUUAGAUAAUGAUGCUAUUCUCACCUCUGGUGAGCUGAGUACUAUCCAGGAGUAUCAUAUCUCCAUUGCAAACAUAGAUUUUAUAUGGGACUGCUUCAAACAAGGAGAGCUCUUAAGUGUUGAGAAUUACAAAUGCAAUGAAUCAUCAGGAAUCACUCCACCACCUUUUGAAAAAUCAAGCAGUUCCAGAGUGGACAAGGAUGACUUACCUAGUACCACAGAGAAGAAUGAAGAGAUUGUGGAGCACAAUAAAUUUUGUGCGGAAGAUGACAGUAUCCCUCAUGUUCCUCAAGAUUUUGAAGUUGCAAAGUAUAGCAUCCUGGAAAAAAUUAAGUCAGAGGGAGAGAAAGAAGUUGUGGUGGUGGAACUGCAGUGCUUCCAGGAACAUCCUGACUUUUCUUUCCUUAUAGCUGCGAAUUUCCUGCUGCCAGGAGGAGUUAAGACUAGAAGACAUUUAUCUAGAAAGAAUACAUCUGAAGAUGCAAGUGAAUACUAUGAGAAUUAUAUUGAAGAACUGAAGAAACAAGGAUUUCUGCCAUCAGAAAGUCUUCCACCUGAAGCAAACCCACUACUAGCAUCUAAGAAGUUACAAGCAUUGCUAUUGGAAGAGGUAUUAAUUGGAGAUACUAUAAGUGAAGAAGUGAGUACCUUAAUGGAGUUGAUUUGGGUGGAAGCUCUUGGCCACCUGGAAAACACCCUUCUCAAGCCAGCAAAUAACAUCAGCCUAAAUGAUGUGAGCAAAGCUGAAGGUAUUCUACUUCAAGUUAAGGCAGCAUUAAACAAGGGAGAAACAACAGAAGAGUUGAGAAAGAUGAUGUCAGAAUUCUACCGACUUAUACCUCACAGAAGUAUAGAAGAUGAAGUUAACCAAAGACUGUUAUCUAAGAAAGAAGAUCUCUGCCAGCUCAUAAGAGAUGUGGUUAAUGUCAGUGAAGCAAAUCUCUCAAGACCUAACCCACCUUCUCUUGCCAAAUACCGAGCUCUGAGAUGCAAAAUUGAGCAUGUUGAUGAGAACGCUAGAGAGUUUUCCAAGGUUAAAGAAGUAUUGCAAAAGAAUUGUGGGAAGAAUCCAGUGGACAUCUUAAAUGUAUAUCGAAUUGGCAGAGUUAAUGAAACUGUGGAAUUUCAGAGCAAGCUUGGCAAUGUUCAGUCCUUAUUACAUGGAACACCUGGGAGAAAUGUUGUUGGAAUUCUUUCCCGGGGAUUGCUAUUACCCAAAAAAUUGGUUGAAGAUCAUGGAAUAGAAAGAACAGAUUUUGGAAAUCUUGGUAGUGGAAUAUACUUCAGUGAUUCUCUCAGUACAGGCAUUAAGUACUCCCAACCAAGUAAAACGAAUGGCACUAGAUUCCUGGUUGUUUGUGAUGUCGCCCUUGGAUCCUGUAUGAAUUUGCACAAGAAAGAUUUCUCAUUAACUGAGUCACCACCAGGUUAUGACAGUGUGCAUGGAAUUCGGAGAACAGAACAUAUCAUCUCAGACUUUGAGGAUGAUGAAUUUGUUGUAUACAAAACCAGUCAGGUUAAAAUGAAAUACCUUGUUAACUUUUGCAUGCCUGGAGACCGAGUAAAGGACUUUUGUCCUUGUGCUAAUACUGAGUGGGAGGAAUAUAGACCUGAGCUUUUAAAUGAUCAUUCACAACUUAAAGAUUAUGCAUUACCAGAUGCUGACCCUUUCACCAACAUAAAAGCUGGCCUUCAGGAUCUCUCUGGGAUUCAAAUCCCUCUUGAAGAGAUUCAUAUCAAGGGAAGAAUAAUGGACUUCAUAGCCCAGAUCAUUGUUUUUCAAACAUAUACCAAUAAGAGUCAUCUGCCUAUUGAAACAAAAUAUGUCUUUCCUUUGGAUGACAAAGCAGCUGUGUGUGGAUUUGAAGCUUUUAUCAAUGGCAAACAUAUAAUAGGAGAGGUCAAGGAAAAGGAAGAAGCUCAUCAGAAGUACAGGAAGGCCAUCAGUCAAGGCCAUGGAGCUUACUUAAUGGAUCAGGAUAGCCCUGAUGUCUUUACUGUAAGCAUUGGAAACUUACCACCACAGGCCAAAGUUCUAAUCAAAAUUACCUAUAUCACUGAGCUCAGUUUUCAUCAUGGGUGUGCCAACUUCUUCAUGCCUGCUGCUGUAGCACCAUGGCAACAGGACAAAGCUUUAAAUGAAAAUCUGCAGGAUACGGUGGAGAAAGUUCGUAUUAAGGAAGUAGGAAUCCAGCAACAAUUCUCUUUAAAUAUAUCAAUUGAGAUGCCACAUAUAAUUGAGUUAAUUACAAGUGAUACACAUAAACUCAAAGUAAAGAAAACAGACUGCAAAGCCGUAAUCAGCACUUUGGAUAACAGUUCCUUAGACAGCAAAGGCUUCUCUCUGCAGAUCCAUAUAGGAGAGGCUUACCUCCCAAGAAUGUGGGUUGAAAAGCACCCAAACAAGGAAAGUGAGGCCUGCAUGCUUGUGUUCCAUCCAGAUUUCAGUACAGCACUACCUGAAAAGGCCCAGACCAGUGAAGUUAUUAUUUGUCUGGAUUGUUCCAAUUCUAUGGAGGGUUCGGAGUUACUGCAAGCAAAGCAGAUCGCCUUACACGCUCUUUCUCUCGUUCAUGAGAGCCAAAAAGUAAACAUUAUCAAGUUUGGCACAAGUUAUACUGAAUUAUUUUCAUAUCCUAAGUACUCCACAAGCAAUCCUAAACUGACAGAGUUCAUUAUGUCUGCUACACCUACCAUGGGAAAUACUGACUUCUGGAAAACCCUGCGCUUUUUAAACUUACUUUACCCUUCUCAAGGGAUGCGAAACAUACUUCUUCUAUCUGACGGGCACAUCCAGAAUGAGAGCCUGACAUUGCAGAUUGUGAGAAGAAAUGUCAGACAUACCCGCUUAUUUACAUGUGGCAUUGGGUCCACAGCAAAUCGUCAUAUCCUGAGGGCUUUGUCCCAGUAUGGUGCUGGAGCAUUUGAAUACUUUAACACAAAAUCUAAAUAUAAUUGGAAAAGACAGAUUGAAGACCAGAUGACAAGAAUAUUUUCUCCAGGAUGCAGCUCUGUGUCUGUUAAAUGGCAACAAUUAAAUCUAAAUUCACCAGAGCCCAUGCAGGCUCCCAUACAAAUCCAGGCCUUAUUCAACAAUGAUAGACUUCUUGUGUAUGGAUUCAUUCCUCAUUGUACACAGGCCAUCCUAAAUGCUUUAAUUCAAGAGAGAGAAUUUCACACAAUGGUAUCAACUACUGAACUACAGAAAACAACUGGAACUAUGCUUCACAAGCUAACAGCUAGAGCUAUCAUCAGAGAUUAUGAAGACGGAAUACUCCAUGAGGAUGAAACAAAACAUGAGAUGAAGAAGCAAAUUUUGAAGUCUCUGAUUAUUAAACUCAGCAAGGAGAACUCUAUUAUAACACAGUUUACAAGUUUUGUGGCAGUUGAAAAAAGGGAUGGCAAUAAAUCACUGGAUUCCCAUACUCCAAAUAUUUUGGAACUUAUCGCCACAGAAGACAUAGACUUUCUGCCAUACAUGGAUUGGGAGGUAGAAGAGCCAGAGUAUGCAGUGGAGGGGGCUCUGCGAAAACGUGCUGGAAGAAGGAAGAAAAUUUUAAAAGCUUCUAAUGAAGGUCCAAAUGUUUUUAAGUUAAGUUCAGGGAAUGCUGCUUUUUCAAACAUUGCUUCCCCUGUGAGGAACUAUUCAGCACCACAUCAUUUCCAUGGCUGGCCAGAAGAAGAGACUGAACUAUUCUCGUGCAUAGCUGAGGACUUAGCAUUGGAUUCACCUAUGGAGGGAAUCUGUUAUGCUCCAUCUCAUUUCUUAGAGUUUUCCCAUGAUGCAUUACCAGAAAUAUCAGCAGAAAAGUCCCUCCCUGCUUCUGACCAGUAUGACCAUGCCAAGGCAUUAGAUCUAACUAAGAAAGAUUCAGACAUGACAUUUGUAUUUAAGAAACAUAAAAAACUGGGUUGGAAGGGUGCAAACACCCUCCAAACAAAGAGUGAUUUUUGCUCUUCAAGUCCUCCCCGGAUCCUUCCCCCUCCCCCUCCCCCUCUCCCUCUCCCUGCCACUGGCCUUCCCCUCCCUCCCCCUCCCUCUCCUCUUCCAGCAGGUUCUUCAUUUUCCAAUUCCUUCUUUUCCCGUAAUUCUUCAGGCUUUGGCUUAUCUUGUGGUAACCCCCCUACUCCUACUCCUAGUUUUCUUUCUGCAAACUCUCCUUUCUCUUCUCCUUCAGGCCAACGUUCAGGUAACACUUUCUCCUCUUCUCUUCAUUUUGAUAUUCCUCCUCCUUUUCCUUCUGGUGCUGCCGCAUGUCCUCCUAAAUUUCAGUGUGCCUCACUUACGAUUCCAAAACCUAGGAGAAUGAGUGAAUCAUUUUUAAAAGUUCAGCAAAAGCCUGCCUCUCCUCCAGAUGUUGAUCAUGGAAGCUUAUCAUUAUUUGGGGGAGAAAUGCGAAAGGUUGCAUCGAGUCAUGGACGUAUUUUUAGAAGGAAAAAUAAUGAAGAACUGCCACGGCCGCGUCAGCCUCCAUCUUCUCCAUCCAAGGAUUCCAGGUCAGACAUAGUGACUUCAGCUUUUUUAUUUCCAGUGAAGAGUUCUGUAGUACAGGAUGUUACUUCAUCAAUUACUAAGACACAAAAACACCAGACUGAUAUGACCCACAGAGAAAGUUGGUUGAGUGGUAUUAAAGAGAAUUUGGUGUUUUGGACUCAGGUUUUUGGGCUUCAGAGUGAGGAGGGCUUUUGGAAACUUAACCUUGAGCUUGGGCUUAUUUUAAACCUGAAUGUGAAUAAUUUAAACAUCUUUCUUAUGCAAAAAGGCAUUCAAUCCCUAGGUUCCAAAGGAAAAGAAGAUGUCUUACAGCUGGUUGCCACAUUUCUGGUGCUGCAGCUCAUUCGAACUAAGCUGGAGCUAGAAGGGAUAGCCGUCAAGUCAUUGAUGAAGUUAGAUGACUCAGCUGCUUACAGAUCCUGUGCCAGGUUCUGGAGUUUUGAUUCAGUAAAGAAAGCAGUGGAAUGGGCAAGAAGAACAGAAGCACAAUAUCCAUCUCUUUGCCGUCGGCUUGAGUUGGGUAAAGACUGGGACUCUGCCACUAAGCAGCUGUUGGGAAUUUAACCAAUAAGCACCAGAUCUGCUCUUCACAAAGUACUUAAUUACAGUCUAGGCUAAAGUUUGUCAAACUGUAUUUGAAGCUCUUUCGUGUUUGGGUAUAUAAAGUACUUUACUUUGAAUAGAAGGUUACUAAAAUGUAAUUUAAAUUAUGAUUAUAUUCAAUUUAUAAGGCAGGCAUUUGAAAAUCAAACAAGCUACAUCAUAAUAAACAAAUGUUAUCUGUUGGCAAUAAAAAAGGAAUAAUUAUGAUAUAAAAAAUUUACUGUUUAACCUACUUUGAUAUUUUGAUAUGACUAAUUCUUUGAGUACUUAAAUGUUAAAUGUUAAAUCUUAACACAUAAACAUUCAUGUUGUCACUAAGUUUGUGUAAAGGAAAUCAUUGUUUUCUGAGUUAGAAAAGGAAUGCUGAAUAUGUCAUAUUUAGGACUAAGAACCAGAAAAUAAAAAAUGUUCACUCUAUGUGCACAAAUUCAAUGAGUAUAAUAAACUUGACAUUUGAAAUAA